AUCUUUACUCCUACCACAACCAACUUGCCCUUAAACAAAUUACAAAACUGUAAUUAGCUCUCAAAAGUCUGGAAACGGUACCGUUUAGGUUCAUCGGAAUGACAAAAGUACACCCGAAUUUGGCUGCUUUAAUCACCGCUCCCGCCGCUCUACCGGCGGUGGAGAAGGUUAAAUCUACUCCGUUAGAAGCUCGUGACUCAGUUGUGUUAACCGUGUGGAAGAAGUCUUUGCUUUUCAACUGUAAUGGAUUUACAGUUUUUGAUGGCACCGGUAAUCUUGUUUUUCGAGUUGAUAAUUACAUGGCCGGCUCCGGUGCUAACGGAGAAAUCAUUCUCAUGGACGCCGACGGCAAGCCUCUCCACACCAUCCGCCGUAAGAGGCUGAGCCUUGCCGAUAACUGGCUGGUGUACGACGGCGAGAAGGCGGCGAAUCCGCGGUUCUCGGUGAGAAAACACGUGAAUAUUCUGAACACUAAGUGCUUAGCUUAUGUGAGCGGUAAUAACAGUAGCAGUUUCAAGAAUAGUAAUGUUAUGUACGAAAUAGAAGGAUCCUAUUCGCACCGGAGCUGCGCGGUGUACGAUGAAAAAAGGCGGAGAGUGGCGGAGAUUAGGCAGAAGGAGGCCGUCGGUGGCGUAGCUUUUGGUGUCGACGUAUUCCGGCUCGUUGUAGGGCCUAAAAUGGACACGUCGGUAGCUAUGUCCAUCGUUAUACUGCUUGACCAGAUGUAUGGUUCUUCUAGACGCUUCCAUGCUUAAGUUCACUUGAUCUAUUAGGUUAAGUUAUUAUAAGUACAUAAAUAGCUGCAGUUCUUGCUGCACGCCACCGUCACCGGAGUAACAUCACCGCCGACGAUGACGGAAAAUCCCCACUUGUUUUGCUUUUUUUUUUUCGAUGCCUAUUUGUAGGAAUCAUUUUAAAGCUUGGUUUUUUCCUUUUAUAUAAAAAGCCAGGCUUUAACUGGGGAUGUAUAUAUAAGAUUCAACCAACAAAAAAAUUACUUGCUUUUUGUUUCUUCAAUUUUACUUACGUUUUUAUUUGGAGAAAUUAGGGGUCUGAUUCCUGAUGUAAUUGUGGCGAUUAUAUAUAUUGUGCGAAGUUAAUCUGCUUCAGUUUUGUAGAAGAUACUAUCAAUAAAGGUUUAUGUAUUAUUGGGAA